AUGCCAAGACUCCCCAAGGAAAACACAAUACGAAAACAUAUAUUGGACAUGUCAGCAGUUAAAGAACUCAGCGUCCCACUAGAAUCAAACCCACGCGAUUUUUUCAAAUGGUUCCAAAAUUCCGAUAACAUUGGAGGUUUUUUCUUUCUUUGUUUUGCCCUUUCGUUGGCCCUUCUCGCGUUCGUUACAUUACUCUUUGGGCUUUAUUACUUCAUUUUUGCCCCAAUACCAAAAACGGAACCAAAACGAAAGUCUAUAUGGAUCUCGAUCGCCGAUUAUCAGGAUAAAUUGACACCCAAACAGCAGGAGCUGUACAUAGAGUAUGCGUGCAAGCAGUACGAAGAGGAAAUGAUGGAGCUAAGACAACGUCAACGAGAGGCGAUGUCGGGGACAAUGUUUCCGGACCCAAAACCAAAACCAUUCUUGACAAGAAUCAAACAUCUCUUCAACAAGCCAAAAGUGUAUCCGAUAAAGCAGCUCCACGAGGAGAGCCCCAAUUGCUACUUUGCCACAGCAGAAACCAUCGAUGAGGUGGAGAAAGAGGCAAACCGUGCAGCUUCUCCGGAUCAAAUGGUGUGA